GUCGUGUCCCGCUCACUCCGCCACGUUGGUUCGCGCGCGCGUGUCGCAUUCUCGCGCGCGCUCGCGUUAUGUUUGUGAUGAGGAGGCGGGAAAAUGGCGUCCUCGGACACGGCUGAUCUGUGAGCAGAUAUCGGCCACCAUCGCAGCUGGCAGCGGCGAGCACCGUCCGACCUCUGUCGGAGAGGGCUUGGGGGGGGUGGCGUCUCGGUUCCGGCAGUGAGCCGAACACGCCGCUGGACGUUUUUAAGCAGCGCUUCCUCCAUUUUUUCCUUCUCUUCUAUGUGAUGCUCGAGCAUGAUGCAGCUGAGAGCGCGUAAAGCUCCUCAGCAGCCAACCUUGGGCGGUCGAGUCCACACGUCCCAGGCCAAGAGGAAACACUGUCCAGUGGAAGCAUCCCCUCUGAGAGGCCGAGGCAAAAUGCAGAAGAAUGAAACGGGUCUUGUCUCCACCAUAAAGACAUUUAUUCGGGGGAAUGCUGUCAAGGUGGAGCCGGAUAUUCCCGCCAAGAGGAGUCGCAUUGAUUGUAGCUCUGAAAGUAAUCUCAUUUCUUCAACACCGCAAACAAGAGCCCUUGCCAACAAAUCAGUCUCGAGGGUUUGCAGAAAAAGUCCAAUUAAAGAUACAAUGACUUGCAACAGCAAGCCCUUAAAGCCAAACGGCAAGCUCGAAGCUCCAGUUGAGGAAGCGAGCAGUCCGCCGCGCACCACACUGCUGGGAACAAUCUUUUCUCCAGUCUUCAACUUUUUCUCACCAGCAACUAAAACUGCCACUCCGGGUUCGGACUCUCCUGGCCAAGCGAUUGAGGCAGAGGAGAUCAUGAAGCAACUAGACAUCGAGCAGGCAGAGGAAAUGCCAAGCAGCACGCUCACAUCCUCCGAGGGCAUCACCGCUUGUCACGGUGCCCCCAUGUUUCCGCAGAGACUGCAGAUGACUUCAGACUCCACCAUAGAGGACGCCGAGAUUGUGACUGAAACUGACAUGCCCUCAUUAACAGCUCCUGGUUGUUUGCCAGUUGGCAGCUAUCCACACACUUUACCCUCCGCCCCUGCAGAGCCGUCAUAUGAGGAUGACUGGGAGGUGUUUGACCCGUACUUCUUCAUCAAGCAUGUGCCGCCUCUGACAGAAGAGCAGCUGACGCGCAAACCAGCUUUACCUUUGAAAACCCGCAGCGCGCCAGAGUUUUCUCUUGUCCUAGAUUUGGAUGAAACUCUGGUCCAUUGCAGUUUGAACGAGCUGGAAGAUGCCGCUUUGACGUUCCCUGUGCUCUUCCAGGACGUAAUAUACCAGGUGUAUGUGCGGUUGAGACCCUUUUUCCGAGAGUUUCUCGAGCGCAUGUCUCAAAUGUAUGAGAUUAUCCUCUUCACGGCGUCAAAAAAAGUCUAUGCUGACAAGUUGCUAAACAUCUUGGAUCCAAAGAAGCAAUUAGUCAGACACCGUCUCUUUCGUGAGCAUUGUGUGUGCGUGCAAGGAAAUUAUAUAAAAGACCUCAACAUUUUGGGACGAGAUCUUUCCAAGACGAUAAUAAUCGACAACUCACCACAAGCCUUUGCCUAUCAGCUUUCCAAUGGGAUCCCAAUCGAAAGUUGGUUUGUUGAUAGAAAUGACAGCGAGCUUCUCAAGCUCGUUCCUUUCCUGGAGAAGCUGGUGGAACUGAAGGAAGACGUCAGGCCACACAUCAGAGACCGCUUUCGUUUGCACGACCUCCUGCCAUCAGACUGAGCACGUGCAGAUCGCCAUGGAAACACAAGGAUGUCUUCAAUGGAUGACACUUUUAAUACACAAAAUAAGAAAACAUGUUUUUAUGCAGAAACUGCAGGACUUCAUUGAAGAUGUUUUGUCUGCCACUUGAUCAACAAACUGAAUGUGAUUCUGUGGACCAGGUCCCAGGAUGGCCAGUCAAACCUGUAUUAUACUUAUUUGUGGCUCUUUUCUUGUAAAUAUAUGUACAGAUUGUUCUUUCCUUUUUACCGUUUUUAAGUCCUUUUUAUUUUUGGAUUUUAGUAUGGAAUCUGGGUUUUUUUUGUUUUU